AUGAUUAUAUAUGACAAUGGUUUAGUACGUGGCCACCAAAGAGCACCCUCGGAUUCCAAAGAAUUUCAUGAAGUAACUAAACGUGAUGCCUUACGUUUGCUGGAAAAUGAUUUGGAUAGAUUAUUGCAAACGGCUGAGCCGAAUGAUCGUCCCGCAUUGCAACAAGAAAUGUCUCGGUUUUCCGACUUGUUUGGACGUUUCUUGCAAGAAGAGGGUCCUUCCAUUGAUUGGAAUAAAAUUCAAAAACUGCCUGAAAAUGCUGUUAUGGAUUAUGGUUCUUUGAAAGCUCCCAAAAAUGAACAGCUCCCCCAGGGUGGUACCUUAAUCCAAUUCGAGGAUAAAUUGAGACUUUUGGAAAUUGCUCAAGUUCCUAAAGAACACGUCGAUGACUUCAAGUCCGUCAAAACAUUCAAAUUUUUCAAUACCAAUAACAUUUGGGCGAAAUUGAGUGCCAUUGAUCGUGUCCUCAACGAACGUACACUUAAUUUGGAAAUUAUUAUCAAUAACAAAACCUUGGAAAAUGGUUUGCGUGUUAUACAAUUGGAAACGGCUGUUGGUGCUGCCAUGAAAUGUUUCGAAGGUUCUAUUGGUAUCAAUGUGCCACGUUCUCGUUUCUUGCCCGUUAAAAAGACCUCUGAUUUACUACUGGUCAUGUCCAAUUUAUACAAUUUGAAAAAUGGCAGUUUGGUUAUGUCACCACAACGUAUGUUCCCCACUACACCUCUAGUGAAGUUGGGCGAAAAUCAUUUUGCCAAAGUCAAAGAGUUCCUAGGACGUUUUGCCAACAUACCCGAUAUCAUAGAAUUGGAUCAUUUGACUGUGUCGGGUGAUGUUACUUUUGGACGGGGUGUGUCUUUAAGAGGCACUGUUAUUAUCAUUGCCAAUCAUGGUGAUCGUAUCGAUAUACCAGCUGGUGCCAUUUUAGAAAAUAAAAUCGUUUCCGGCAAUAUGCGUAUCUUGGAUCAUUAAACGCUUUAUACUUUUAAUA